AUGGCACCGGUACGUGGAUGCAAUGAUAGGGACAUUAAGUUUUCCCCUAAAUUUGUUGUCUAUGCCUUGAGAGUCUCGCUCUUUGAAACUGUAAGCGGCAAGAAGGGCAUAGGAUUGUAUGACUCGAGCAAAGCCUCUCACUGGUUAGGUGAGUCUAGUGAACCCUUUAAUUCUUUCGGAACCUUCAAGUUUUCCAACAAUAAUCUUGUCCUUGAUGAUCAAGCUGGUAUCCGUGUUUGGGGCACAAAUUUUAUGGGAGUUGUUGGCUCAUCGUUGGUUAAAGAGUUUCUUGAUGAUGGAAACUUUGUUAUCAAGAACACAUGGGACAACGACACAGCUGGUUUCUUAUGGCAAAGCUUUGAUUUCCUGACUGAUACUUUACUGCCAGGUAUGGCAUUGGGUUGGAAAUUUCACAGGGGAAUCAAUCGAUACUUGCUUCCAUUUCCCGACGGAUACUUACUUCCAAAAAUGGCAUUGGGUUGGAAUUUUCAUUGGGGCGUCAAUCAAUAUUUGGUGGCGUGGGAAACCCCUGAUAAUCCGUCCAAAUCGAGAGAGGAAUAUGUUGCCUCAAGCUUCCCUGAGCUUUUCGUUUCUAACUAUGAGGGCCGACUGUACGGGACUGGCCCCUUGGAUGACCAAAAAGAACAGAGUCUAAUGGAUAAAACUUUUCUAAGUGAUAAAAUUUACAUAGCUGACAUACAAGAGGUCAGUUUCACGGCUUACAACGACAGCAUCUUCACAAGAUUGAACCUAAGCCCUCCCGGAAUUUUACAGCGCUUGACAUGGAACCAGACAGUAGAGAGAUGGAUUGGUUCUUGGCACCAGUAA